AGUACUCAACAAUACCCAAGCAUGAGUACUCAAAGUCGUACUCAGAGUACUUGUUACUCACUCAUGAGUACUCAGGUGAGUACUCAUUGAGUAAAAAAAUGUAUGAGUACGUAUGAGUACUCGUCCGGUUUUUCUAUCAGAGUACUUUUUGAGUACUCACACUUGAGUACAUUCACUAGGGAGUUGUAUUAAAAGCCAAAAACACCUAUUACAAAAAAAGAAAUUAGGCCAGACUCAAAGUCAUUAAACUGGAAAAAUAAAAUACGUCUACCGAACAGUUCAUCAAAGUGAAUGAUGAAUUCAUCAGAAAAACGCAUCAGUUAAUCGUCGUCACAUUUCUAAAAAAAUAUCAUUUGAUGGUGGCGUCGCUUUUUGACCCUGUUGAAUAUAAGUUAGCAAUGGCGCACAAACGAGUACAACUCGCUGAAUUGUCUCAGCUCUUUGCUUUUCCAUCCACUAAAAACAAAAAUAACGAAAAAGGUAUAGAAAGCCGGAAAUAUGAGAUCACAAAAAUGGCUUCAUCACGUUUUUCCUACAACUUAAUUUAUGUUUCCUUUUCUCAUAUCAACUUUUUCUGUGAAAAAUAUAUUUAUUAAAAUAAUAUUAAUACUGGUGUAAUUAUGUUACACAUUUUACGUGUAAUUAUAGAGUUGCUACUAUUAUGUACUGUUCAUCGGAGGAGUAACCAACUUUUGUUUUUUACCGAAAGGAAGCUGUGACAAACAGAAAGGAAAUUUCAUGGAGUGAGCCACUUCCUUUUUUGUUCUGGAAUACAAUCACAAAAUCAACAUAUCAAUAGUAUGAAAUAUAAAUAAACGUUUGUGCAAGCGUUUUUAUUUUAAACACUACUAUAUGCUUUCUACAUCCUAAUUUUCUCAAUCUUCAUUUUCUCUAUACACUUAUAUUAAGCAACGUAUAGAUCCACAGAUCGCACUACGCAUACAUCACUAUGCAUACCACCCACCCUCACCCCUCACCCUCUAUAUUUGAUGUGUGAUCCACUAAGAAAGAUGUGCUGCGUUAUACGUUGUACUCAACAGAAAAAAUGCGACAUUGUAAAAAGUACUAUGUCUUUGCCACGAAUUUUGUGUCAUUGAUUUUGAUAGUGUUUAGAGACUUUCUUUCUCUUACUCUUCAAAAAGGACUUACAAUUGGAUUUGGGGCAGAAGAAUCAAUGUGUAACUUUCGUAAUUUGAUGAAUUAAGGUUUUUUCUGUUUUUCUUAGAACUCGACGGUAGUUUAUCUUUGAUGAAAAAAAAUGACUGAUAUAACCAAAUAUGGGCUAUUGAGCGUUUGUUGAAGACUAAAAGAUUAAUAGAUCGACAUAAUAGAAUAUGACGGUUUGUUCUUACACGCUGUUGUUGAACCCAAGAUCAUAUUUUUUGCGACGAUACGUAUGGAAAAAACAGUUUUGACGACGCAGGAAGGAGCGUAUAAAUUAGAAAAAGAAAUAUCAGUUUAUGUAGUAAGAGUUGAUUUAGAAGCGUUUUUUGUAUUAUUUAUGGUUUACAUGCGCCGUUUGUUUUGAAGUAGUCUUUUGGACAUAGCGCUAUUGUACGUUAAUAAUGCAAUAAAUUGAUCAACUGUUGAUUGCCGACAACAACAACGUAAUGCGUAAACUUUUGCGUUUAUCCCUCCUUUUUAUCCUUCAAUUUGUUUAAUCUUAGAUGUAAAUCUCUACGGUAUCUCCAUGUCAUUUUUUCGUACUGAUGACAGUAAAGGUAACAAAGUGGUUUUGUUUUUGUUUCGGUAUUUUUGACGAUAUUUCUUUUAGAAAAAAGACGCGAUCGAAGCAAGAGUCGAACACAUUGUGUCAAUGAGAAUUUGCCAUUCAUCCAACGUUUGCCAUACUAUCGUGAUUUAGCUAUACAAUCUGGUAAAUGUACUGUAUCAUCAGAAUUAACCUCAUUCCGUUGUUCAAGAUUGAAUCGAUCUCUCUAUCAACUUCUUUAUACGCCCAAUGAUGAGUUAAAUUUUUUUGUUCUUUAUAUGGAUGCAUGUGGUUUAUCGAGUCAUUUAAAAUUUAUUCUUGAUGUACAUGUCUUUGAAAAAGUAACAAAAUUAGAUGUGGCAAAUACAAAUAAUAACCGAACGCUCAAAACACCUACAAAAGUGCAUAAACAAAGGCAACAAGAAGAAAACAAUGACAAUGUUCAUAUUAUUGACUCAUUUGUUGUUGCGUUUAUUUUACUAGGUAGUCAACAGCGAAUAGAUGCUCUAAAUCUAUUUCAAAAAUAUCUUGCGUUAGAUGCAAAAUAUCCAGUGCCAAUUGAUGAUGAAUCCCGUUUAAUCUGUCCAACAACGAAAAGUCUAAAUCUAGAACCAAAUUGUUUCCAAAUAGCUAAAGAUUUUAUAUGGAAACUUAUUGAACAAACUUCCUACAAAUCUUAUUUGUCAAGCGCCUACCAUUUUAAGUACCAAUUAAAAGUGUUAAUUAAUUCUGAUUUACAAUUGUACGACAUACUUUAUAAUGAUUUGUCAUUGUUUUAUUUUAUGGAGUUUGUUGAUCAGAAACAUACAAUUGAUCUAAUUCGUUUUUGGUUGGCUGCUGAAAAUUAUUAUCAAAAUACUCUUAAUCGAAUGACUGAUAAUCAAACACUAGCAGAAAGUGCAUUGAACAUUUAUGAACAAUAUAUAAGUCUACAAGCUCCAAAUCGUUUGGGUUUCGAUGAUGCUAUCCGUGCUCGAAUCGAAUGUAGUAUAUGUCAACAAGAUAUGAACGCUGGACCAUCCUUGGAUACAUUUGAUCAAACUGCAUGGAUUGUUUACAGUAUUCUUAGUCGGGAAUAUUUUUCAAAUUUUCUACGAAGCGACAUAUUCUGCCGUUAUAUGGCUGAUUUAAUGCACAAAUUACGCAAUGAAGACGGUGUAUGUUCAACAUUCAUCAAAAAUGAUGAGUCAGAUACGAAUUCAAUUAACUCAGAAACAUCAACUGCACACGGUAAUUCCGAUCAGCAGCAGUUACUAUCACUUGAAGGAACGAAACAACAACGACGAAGGAACGUUAGCACAUCCUCAUCACAAAGCCAAGAAAAUGUCAAAUUGAAAGGAAAAUUAUCAAUGGCACAUAUAGAUGCAUUAGGCCGCUUUGUUCGUGAUAGUGAUGUUGAAUCGAUUGAUUGUUUAUCUAAGAAAUCCUAUGGACCAUUGCAACGUUUAUCACUCUUUACCAAGAAUGAAGAAAACGAAAAAGAAACAGAAUUGAUGGCAGCCAAAUUUGCUGAGAAUUUUAUUAAUUCGAUAACAAAUCUUACACUAGAUUGUAAUAGUGGAAAUUGA